GAUUUUAGUUGUAAAAUCUUACUAUUUACAGAAAUAAUAAAUCAUUCAAGAAGACAUGUUUUCUCCCUCUGAGCAGAUGCUUUUUCUUUCAUUUCCGCUGUCACAUAUUCCACAACCCACACAAUCAUUAAGUCACUCGGUUUUUACAGGAACUUCUGUGGUAAAGCAGAAAAAUUCCAUCAAACCCUGAAGAUAAAAAGCUGUGUGCAUGCUCUGUGGCUGCUUAUUAUUGCCCCAAUUAAGAGCUGUGCACUGCUCUCCAAGUUUGAUUCUAAAUGGAAACCGCUGAGUUUUAUUACGUUUAUUAUUUAGCUCACGAUUAUCUGCAGUAUGUUCUUCAAGAAUCACAUCUUGGACCAGCCCAAACCAGAGUUGCUCACGUCCUACGAAACAUUGCAUCUUCACUGCAAGAUCAAACAGAGGAGGCUCUCCGACCGUUCUUGGAUAGGAUUGAUAUUACCUCUGUAGAUGUUGCCAAGAGAAUUUUCAAUGGAGUCAUGGAAGAAAAAUUUGCUGAUGGAAAUACUAACUGGGGACGAAUCAUGACCAUAUUUACAUUUGGAGGACUUCUCACUAAGAAGCUUCAAGAGCAUGGAGUUCAGCUCACAGGAGAGGAGAAGGAGCAGAUUUCUUAUUUCAUCACAGAGUACAUCAUAAACAACAAAGCUGAAUGGAUAGAUGCAAAUGGUGGCUGGGAAAACGGCUUCCUGACGAAGUUUGAAAGGAGAUCGCUACUGUCUCUCUCCAAAAUUACAGCCAUAUUCAUAGCCUUUUUUUCCCUGUUCAGAGAGUACUACUGAAAAGAAUGGACCUGCCAUAUGUGUAUAAACUAGACAUUGCCCCAAGCUUCAUAGCAAAGCCUUCCUCCAAGCAAUAUCAACUGGAAAAUACUUUUCUUGCAUAAUUUGUUUUUAAUUUAUUUGUAUUUAUUUUUACUAAAUACAAUGUUUAACAUGCUAUCCUAAUGGCCCAAACUGGAAACUAGAACCGUCUGAAGAGGAACCAACACAGCAUCAUUCAGCAAUGCAAAUCAACCUUUCCAGGCAGGACUAUUUUGAGAGAGAGAUGAUUUUCCGGAUCCAGACAGUUUUUGGAAUCUGUUGCAUGUCUAUGAAAGAACAUUGUUUACUUAAAUACAAUCCAAUGGGUUAAGAAACAAGUUUUAAGCUCAUUUGUUUUGUAAAUGAAAUACUACUGUAAUGCAUUUUAUUGCAACAUUUGUAUAAGCAAAAGGGGGGGAUGGUGGAAAAAGGAAAUGCUAAUUCCCAUGUAGAAGUGUGUACUGGCACAGACUAAACAAUCUUUUGGGAAAGAGCUAUUUGUGGAAACUAGCAACUUAAAAAUGUGCACUCACUUACUGUUAAAGCAAUGGUAUGUGUUUAACAAUUUUUGCUGUAUGUUUUUAAUUGCUCAUAUCUACAGUGACUGCUCUGUCAAAUUUUUGUAAUGUAGUCACCUGACUGAACUUCUUUCAAACAAAACAUUUUUAAAUAGGUAAGAACAAAAUGUUUUUAAAAAUAAGGAAAUUGUGUAAAUACACUAAUAUUUUUUGAAAAAUACAUUAAACUAUGUAU